UGGGAGACCGGAUAUAGUAAAUGCAGGGUCCGGGGAGACCAGAUAUAGUGAAUGCAGGGAGACCAGAUAUAGUGAAUGCAGGGAGACCAGAUAUAGUGAAUGCAGGGUCCGGGGAGACUGGAUAUAGUGAAUGCAGGGUCUGGGGAGACCGGAUAUAGUGAAUGCAGGGGUCCAGGGAGACUGGAUAUAGUGAAUGCAGGGUCUGGGGAGACCGGAUAUAGUGAAUGCAGGGUCCGGGGAGACCAGAUAUAGUGAAUGCGGGUCCGGGGAGACCAGAUAUAGUGAAUGCAGGGUCCAGGGAGACCAGAUAUAGUGAAUGCAGGGAGACCGGAUAUAGUGAAUGCAGGGUCCGGGGAGA